AUGAGCACGAAAGAAACAGACGCCGAACUCGAAGCAGCCGCCUUAAACAGAGUGUUAGAAUCAUUCAGGCACUAUAGGCAAUAUUCUUUAUCCGCGAACCAGCGUCGAAGGCAAGACUACCUGAAGCUUCCUGAGUCUGAACGGGUGCUUCUAGAUUCCGUUGGCUGGAAACAAAAGGUUUCGCACAUUGAUGCGGCAAUCGAGCGAAAUGCCGAGUUUUUACUCAAGAUUAUCGAUGAUCCCAUGAUUUUUCAAGGAAUGGAUUUAGAGGGCGGUCAUGGUCACGGCGAUCACGAGCAUGACCAUGGAGUGCACUCCCAUGGGCCUGGACAUAGUCACGAUCAUGAUCAUGGGGACCCUACCGGAGCUCGUGAACAUGAGCACGAGCAUGAUCACAAUCACAGUCACUCGGUGCAGCAACCUCGCCGGAGUAAGCGCUCUCCCCAGAUGGAUUUCGACAUGGACAAAGUUCGUUCGACUUUGAAGCAAUUUGUAAGAGACUGGGGUGUUGAGGGGAAAGUUGAACGUGAUGCAUGUUAUGGGCCUAUGCUGGAUGCGCUCUGCGAAUAUUUCCACGACGUCCCAGUAGAGGAGCGUGGUAACUUCCGUGUUCUCGUCCCCGGUGCUGGGCUGGGGCGCUUGGCCUGGGAUGUAGCAGCCAAAGGAUUUACUUGCCAAGGAAACGAGUUUUCACACUAUAUGCUACUCGCUUCCUACUUUGUCCUAAAUCGAACACGAGCAAAAUUUGAACACACCAUUCAUCCCUUUAUCCACUCGAUAUCUAACACUGUAUCCGCACGAUCGUUGCUACGGGCCGUUCAAGUUCCGGACGUACUCCCCUCGGAUUUACCCCCAGGAUCUAAUUUCUCUUUGGUCGCAGGAGAUUUCGAGGAAAUUUACGGGGUCGAUUCUGACCCUGAGGGGGGCCUGUCCUCCGAACCUGAACCUCAUGCUGGCGAAUGGGAUGCGGUCCUGACAUGUUUCUUUAUCGAUACUGCCAAGAACAUCAUCAGUUAUCUCAAGACGAUACAUAAAAUACUUGCCCCAGGAGGUGUUUGGAUUAACCUUGGGCCGCUGUUGUGGCACUGGGAAAACAACAACACAAAUGAUAUGUCUAUCGAAUUGGAUCUAGAGGAGGUCAAGGAACUUGCGCGUAAAAUAGGAUUUGAGAUAUAUAAUGAGCGAACAAUACCAACAACAUAUACGGGAAAUUCGGAGUCUAUGUUGGGAUACGUAUAUCAGGCGUCUUUCUGGACUGCCACCAAGAGACCGGCACAGCAGCAGCAAUAG